AAAAUGCGUUCUCCUAUGCCCGUUCGACUGCUCGUCUUGGUCUAUUCAUUUCACGUGUUGAAGGUCUCCCGGGGAGAAACUCUCAAGCUGGAUGUCAAGUACGGACUUAUGCCUAAGCAUGGCUUUGGAUUGUUCCAUACUCUGGUCGACCCGAAUGGCCAGAAGCUACAUGCUCUCGUUGACACUGGGUCGGACUCAUUCUUUCUCAUCUGGAAGAAAUGGUUAGAGAAAGCCAGUGGACGUCCCUGCAGUGAUUGGGCCAUGGGGUGUUACAAAUGUUCGGAGCCUUGCUCUGUGGGUAAACCGACUACAACUAUUACUUUCGAUGACGGAUACACGGUGAACAUUUUUCAGCAUAAAGCGAAAUUGACGGUGGGUCAGGUGUCGCCGAUCCUCACUUUCGGACUGAUAUUCAACCAGAAUCCUCCCGUCAGUGAGAAGGCUCCGACUAACUCGAUGGGUCUUGACUAUGAUAAAGGUGAUGUGAACUUCCCCUCUCUAAUGACGCAGUUGCUAUCAUCAAAAACUGUAACGACGGGUAUCUUUGCUCUCUACUUGUAUCCUCCCGCUGAUCCCUCAAAGCCAGCCGCUGAUGGAGGCCUACUCCUGGGUGGAGGCGAUCCUGCAUUAUAUGUGGGUGGACUGAACUUCGUCGACUUCUCUACGGACAAGCGUUACAUGGUAAAUCUUGAUAAGCUACAAGUCGGUGAUGGACAUCUAACUCUUAACAUCAAUAUGAACUUACACCUCGACACCGGCACCAACUUCCUAUUCGUCCCACAAUUAUACUAUGACGAUCUCAUUAAGGAUAUCAAAACUCAAACUGACAAGGCUGCGGGUAUGCAUGUCGACUUCAAGUUCGAUCCAGGGAAAAAGAUAUGGUUCUUCCCUUGCCAACACAUGAGCAAGCUGCCACUGUUGAGGUUUGGCUUGGGCCCUAAGGGCAUAACUCCAUUCACGAUGACAUACAUGAACUAUGCCAGGAAUAAAUCUAAUGAAUGUUCACUCGUGAUCUGGGAGGGCCAAGGGAAUAUUUGGAUUCUCUUCGAUCGUAUGCUUAUCGGUAAUUAUUUUGAGUUCGACCCUACUUACAAACGAGUCGGAAUCGGGAAGUUGAAAUCGCGAUCUCUGUGAACCAUUCUCUUCUUUUGUGGUCUUCUUUUGAAUCUACGGUCCACGGCAGCACGCCCUCCAUUAUGGUUGGCCAUUCCAUGACUGCUCCGUGGAAAGAGCUUUAGCUGGAUUCGCCAUUAUAGUAGCGUGGUGCUACAUCUUUUAUUUAGAGGAAUGCUAUUUGACGAAUAACUCGUUUCAUUGAGAUAUUAUUCUUCGGCUAAUGAGCCCGUUAUGUCAGCAGAUUAGGAUUUAACUUACACGUAUU